CAGCUCGGGCUUCCUGCUCGGUUGAACACGUGGUUCCGUGUCAGCCUCCCUGCCUGUCUGUCAGUGUGUGAAGGUUUUCUUCUCUCACUCCUCUCCCCUCUAUCCUCCCGUGCCACACAGCAGACUUCCUUCUCUCGUGACUCUGUCCCACCCGCACCUCCUCCUGCUCCUCCGCGUGCGGCUACACUUAGCUUCUCCUCUUUGCUACGGCUCGCGUGGACUACCGACAUCCAGGCCGCGGUCCCUUCAACGUGUAUCUUCUCAAUAGAGUGUGAAAGUGUGUGUGUGCGACAGAGAUUGUGUGUGCGUGUGCGCGCACCCGCAGCCGGUCUCUCCGUGUUCUUUCUCCCCCGCCAUCCCUCCUCGUUGUUCGGUCAUGACGCUGGAAUCGAUCCGCUACCGGGCCGGGUCUCUGCAGAUCCUGAACCAGCUGCUGCUGCCACACCAGACUACUUACGAGGAGAUCCGUUCGGUGCAGGACGCUUACGAGGCCAUCAAGUCCAUGAAGGUGCGGGGCGCCCCGGCCAUCGCCAUCGUCGGCUGCCUCAGCCUUGCUGUGGAGUUGCGAGCGGGCGCCGGGGGCGAUGACCCCGUGACCUUCAUCAGGGAGUCUCUGUGCCACCUGACCUCGGCUCGGCCCACCGCCGUCAACAUGGGCCGCGCCGCCCGAGAGCUGAUGGAGUUCGCUGAGAACGAGAGCAUGGAGAAGAACUCCGAGCAACUCAGAGAAAGUGUAAUCUCCUGGAUCGAAGACAUGCUGGAGCGUGAUGUCAACGACAACAAGAAGAUCGGUAACUAUGGCGCCCAGCACAUCCUGUCCGGCGUUCCGAGGGACUCCGUGACCAUCCUCACACACUGCAACACCGGCUCGCUCGCCACCGCUGGAUACGGGACCGCACUCGGCGUGGUGAGAAGCCUCCACACGCUGGGCAGGCUGAAGCGUGUGUACUGCACGGAGACGAGGCCGUACAACCAGGGGUCCAGACUGACGGCGUACGAGGCGGUCGCAGAGGGAAUCCCCGCUACCCUUAUCACGGACAGCAUGGCGGCCCUGACCAUGAGAGAAAUGAACAUCACAGCUGUGGUGGUGGGUGCAGACAGGGUGGUCGCCAACGGUGACACGGCCAACAAGGUGGGCACGUACCAGCUGGCCAUCUCCGCAAAGCACCAUGGGAUUCCCUUCUACGUGGCCGCACCCAGCACGUCAUGUGACCUGAGCCUGGAGAGCGGCAGGGACAUCAUCAUCGAAGUGCGCCCCCCCGAGGAGCUCACCAGUAUAAACGGAAUACCCAUCGCUGCCCCUGGUAUCGAGGUGUGGAACCCGGCGUUCGACGUGACCCCUCACCAGCUCAUCACGGGAGGCAUCAUCACAGAGCUGGGGGUCUUCCUCCCCUCUGAGCUGCAGGCGGCCCUCACCGGCCGCCUCACCGCCCUCUAGAGCCGCUCAGCGCCACCUGCUGGUCUGUGUGCACCACUGCACCUUAACGUUCACACACUCAAAGACACUCUCAUUUCAUCACAGAACACACACAGUCAUAGUUGUGGACUCAUUUUCUGUUGGUCACUGCACAGUCACUGGUACAUGUCGGUGGUGCACACACAAGAAGACAGUGUUCUUCAGUCUCACACACACACACACACACACACACACACACACACCGCAGGGAGUCAAGCAGACACAUGUGCAGUCUCCCCUUUUCUUUUACGUCCCUUUACGUUUUUUUCUGUGGUCUUUCCAUUUCACCCUUGUCUUCCAUCCCAUUUUUCAUUCUCUCCUGCCACCUCCUUCUCAAAGGCUUCUGCAACGAAAAGGGCUCAGCUGGACUCAAUCCUGAAUAUUGUAUUUGGCAAAAAAAAGACAAAUGUUCAGGGCUUCUUUAAUUGCAAAAAAAAAAUAUUGAUCUUGAAGUAGUGUUUUUUUCACAGCCAUGUUUAUUUAAAUGCUGCUACCCACUUUGUAAAUAUACAUAAUCUUGACGUUAGUGUGUGUACAUAUGUAGAAAGCUAACCCCUGUUACUAAAAGGUACUGCUAUUUUAACCAAAUGUGUGGUUAUUUGAAUUUUAAAUUUGACAUUCAAAAUGUUAUAUUAACAUUUACUUUAUUUGGUUUCACUUAGAAACCUUUUGUAGAAGAAUAAAUAAACGUAUGGCUCAUAAAUCUCACAGCCAGAGUUUUAGUGAACGUAUUUCACUCUCGUUUUUACCCCCUGCGGCAAAAUUUGGAAACUCUUGAUUGGUCCUCGUAAGUCAGCUGAAGCCUAUGAAGAUACAUGGCUGUGUUUAUACCUCACUCCUUGUUUGUAUCUUGCUAUUCCCAGUUGUAAUGUAUCAUACCACACUUGUAUUCUCAUAAUGUAAUUAUAUAUAUAUGUAACCAUACUUAUUUCAGCACCAUACACAUAUUCACCAUACUGCACAGGACGCUCUGUACGAAUGAAAGAUCUACACAAAAAAAGGGAAAUUGUGUCAUCUUUGCCAUAACAGCUUUUGCUGAGAUCUCAGAGGUGUGUUAUGCUGAUGUAUUUCUGCUAUACAGGCAUCACCGUUAAAGGAAUAGUUCACCCUAAAGCAAAAGUUGGGUUAGCCAACUUAAUUGAUGUUUGUGCCACUACAAAAUACAUAUGUAGCUUCAGGCUUAUCUCAAAAUAUCUUUAAACAAUAGGUGAUCGCUUCUCCCAGGUGGCAAAAACUAGCAAUUAACCCAUCACCUGUAGUCUUGACAUAAUUGUGCAGAUAUCUUAAAAGUAUUUAGAGAAACAUGACGUAUACUCAGAAGUUGAAAAGGGAAAUCUGAGGCUAAAUAGUUUGGCUAUAAAAUCAAAACUUUAUUUUGAGGUGAACUAUUUCUUAAAGAUUAUUCUCACUGAGUGUCUAGACUCAGUGAGCUGUGCGACACAAGGCGUGUUGGCAUCAACAAUCAGAAUGUAAUGUUCAACUCAGAUGGAUUUUCUUUCGUCAUUCAGGACAGACAGUAUUUCAGACACUUGGCCAUGUUGUGGCUUUGUGCUGUUCCGAAUGUGUUUCAACUGUUUGGACUAUCCCUCCUCAGACUGACUUCCACCCGACUACUCCAUGAGAUCAGGGCCAUGGGCGACCCAGUAGUUAGACAGGACCCCUGAAGAUGGAAACAAAAUAAGUUUGAAGGGCAGAAAUGUUUGAAUUCAACUUUAAUUUGCAGACUAAACAACGGGGGAAAUUGUUUAUCCAGCACUGAAUACAAUUAGUCAAUUAAAAAGUAAUCAGUCAUUAUUUUGAUAAAAUACUCACUUCCGUUAUUUUUAAAUAAGACUAGCAAACAGAAGUUUUGUUUUUGUUUUAUGUUCAUCAUUCAUUUGUAACCCUACCUUUUUAUAAUGCACCAAUAUUGACCAUAGUAACUUUGCAGAAGCCAGUUUUAAAUCCUGACUGUAACCUACUAUUAACACAUACUAUUAACCAGUAAACUGGUAUUGAUUAUGAAGCUCCAUAGAAAUGUCCCAGAUAACUCGAUCUGUUCGGGACACACCCGCUCGCUGCACUGAAUGUCACAGGGCCAGUUUUCGGGGGGGCCCACACUGCUCACUGCCUUACAGGUGCAGCACCAUUAUAGCUCACUGACGGAGCUGGAAUCAUGACCGGAGAGACAGCAGUCCUUCCUUCACCCUGCUUUCUGACCUCACACGCUUCCCUUGUGGACUUUUGUGUUUCACUUCAUUAAUUUAAACAUAACAUUUAUAACCUUUCGCACUCUGCAGGACAACCGAGUCACCCAGAGAAAACCCACAAAAAAAAGCUUAAUGUCAAGAAUAAUCACUGCAGAAUCCAUAGUAUCAUUGCUGUAAUAUAAGCUCACUUCUUCCUUUAUCUUCCUACUCUUCGUUUGUCCUCCUUUUACCCAUUAAACCUCAACUCACAAAGAUGCUGUUAGGUCACACAUGAGUGUAAAAGACACUUUUCUUUCCUUUUGUUUUGUACAGUUCAAGACAUCACGUGUUUGGGAGCAACUUUAGACGAUGUUCCAGACAUAUGUAGCAAAUUUGUAGCGGUCAGACCCGCUAGGUAUUAUUUUGGUUUUUUUAAUCUUUGAGAGGAACACCAUUUUUGUUUGUCUGUACAUCACGAUUAUAACUGUUAUGCUGU